AUGACUCAAGUGUAUAAGAUACCAGAGACGUUUAAGUGCGCAAAAGAUUAUAUGAACUCCUUUAUUCAUCCACUGCUCGAGGAAACACACUGUGAUCUGUCUUCAAACUUAAUGGGGGUGUCUCGAGCACCUUUUUGUGAAAUCUUGAUUGUUCAAAAAUACAAGACGAGCUUCAAACAUUCUAAGGAAGUGUUCUAUCAGAUAGAGUUGAAGAAGAGAAAACCUCAUGAAGUUAAAGGUAUUGGAAAUUAUGAGCCUGAGUCUGGAGAUCUCAUUGCGCUCACAGAAAUAAGGCCUAAAAGCAUACAUGACUUGAAAAAGCCAGGAAGUAAUUACUACCUUAUGGCUUAUGUUGUUGGGGUAAAGAAUGAAUAUUCUGAUAAGAUCACAAUAAUGUCAUCGAAUGACAUGGGGAUGGAUCUUGAGUUUGACUGGUUAAAUGGCACGAGAAAAAGAUUCUAUGCAACUUACCUUUUGAACCUGACAACAAAUGUUCGUAUUUGGAAGGCUUUGAACUUACAGGUGGAGGGUGAUAACGUGAGUAGGAUCAUUAAGAAAGUGCUGCAACCUGAUUUAUAUGGUGGAGAAGACUGUCGAAUUUGCCUGUCUGGUGAAAACUGUCAAGCUCCUUCUCACAUACAAGACCUUAUUCACACCCAGAAUCUGAAUGAAUCUCAGGAACAAGCUGUUUUAAGCUGCAUUAAUAUGAUAAAUUGUUGCCAUAACAACACUAAACUCAUAUGGGGGCCUCCAGGGACGGGCAAAACGAAAACUGUUGCUUGCUUAUUAUUUUCUUUUCUCAAGUUAAAAGCAAGAACGUUGGCUUGUGCUCCAACCAAUACUGCAGUUUUGGAAGUCGCAGUUCGGUUACAUAGUUUAUUUACAGGUUCAAAUGAGCAUAAAACAUAUGGGAUGGGUGACAUCUUGCUGUUUGGGAAUAGAUCAAGAAUGAAAGUGGAUUCUUAUCAGGGCCUUCGUGAUAUGUUUCUUGAUUAUCGUGUAGAAGAUCUUAAGAAGUGCCUUGAUCCAUCAACUGGAUGGAAGCACAUCUUGGAAUCAAUGAUCCAGUUGCUUGAGGAACCUAGAAAACAAUAUAUAUUGUAUGAGAAUAAGAAAGGUCUAAUGUCAUUACAAGAUUUUGCAAUGAGGAAUGAUUUUCAUAUAGUACAUGCAUAUCGCUUAUACAAGCGAAGUCAGGGGAACGAUGAUUCGGUGUCAUUUGAGGAAUUUGUGCAGAUAAAAUCGAAAGCCUUAGCAGAGCAAUACCAGUCCUAUAAAAAUGAUAAGAAGAAAAACAUCCUGACAAUGGAUGAUUUUCUAAAGCAGGAAUUCAAGGUAUUAAGUGUGGAGCUCAAGCUCUUCAUGCAAACCUUGUAUACUCACUUACCAAGCUCUUUCAUUUCACUUGAGACUGUGAAGGAAAUGUUUAGAGCUCAGGAUUUGCUUAGGUCACUUGAAAUGUCCUUGAGGCAAGCAAAAUUCAAGCAAAGUGGCGCUGAUAAUGACAACGAAAGCAUUCUGUCUAGCCUUGGAUGGUCUAGCUAUGAAAGAGUUGAAUGCCUAGGCAUACUAAAUUCACUUUCUAAAUCAAUUCCUCUUCCUGAAGUUGAUUUGGAAGGUGGAGUUGCAAAAUUUUGCUUGUCUAAGGCAAGCAUAAUUUUAUGCACUGCAACAAGUUCUAUUAAACUGGACGCACAAGGGGAGAACCCGGUGCAAUUUUUAGUAAUUGAUGAAGCAGCACAGCUCAAAGAGUGUGAAUCAACCAUUCCAUUACAGCUGUCAGGUCUCAGCCAUUGCAUCCUAAUAGGCGAUGAGAGACAGCUUCCUGCAUUG